AUGCAGCAGCUUGGGGCACCUGCAGAGGCUGUUUCAAAAUACAUAGAGGACAAUGAUUUGGACGACAGCGCUGCAAGAUCUUUGCGAGCACUUGCACCCCACAAUCAGGCCAUCGCGAUUCGCUGGGAUUUAUCUCAGUCCAGGAAUCGUUCUGCCAAGUUUAUGUCCAUGGCAGCUGCACUUGGAAAUGCACCUCCCCCACACAUGCCGGUUCCGAUGUAUGGUAUGCCACCAGUCGCGGGGCCUGGAGGUGUGCCAGCAAUGUACACAAUGCCGCCACCGGGUCUUGGACCCCCGGGCAUGGUGCCGUCUAUGUAUA